GUCCCAACAAUGAGAGAUGAGAACUCGAAGAAAAGCAAGCUUUCAUGGCCCAAAUCAUUAGUCAAGAAGUGGUUCAAUAUCAAGAGCAAAGCCGAGGACUUUCAGGCAGAUGAUGUCCUUCAUGGAGGUGUUGAUGAAGAGUGGAGGAGCAACUGUUCACAGAGGGAGAAAUGCACUAUCAAGAAAAGCAAAACAGAGAGAGCAAAGAGAAGGCACUCGGAGAGAAUGCGGCGAGGUAAGAUUGACCCUGAUGCAGCUCAGGUUACAGAUGUGCAUAACUAUAGAAUCUUCGUUGCCACUUGGAAUGUAGCUGGAAAAUCUCCUCCGAGUUAUUUGAAUCUGGAAGAUUGGCUUCACACCUCUCCGCCUGCUGAUAUUUAUGUUCUUGGGUUUCAAGAAAUUGUACCUCUAAAUGCCGGAAACGUAUUGGGCACAGAAGACAAUGGCCCUGCCAGAAAAUGGCUAUCUCUUAUUAGGAAAACCCUAAACAGUCUUCCUGGAACAAGUGGUGAAUGCCACACUACUUCGCCGCUCCCUGAUCCUAUUGUAGAGUUAGAUGAUGAUUUUGAGGGAUCAAUGAGGCAGAAGGCAACCUCUUUCUUCCAUCGCAGGUCAUUCCAAUCCUUGAGUCAUAGUAUGAGAAUGGACAAUGACAUGUCAUUGCCACAAGCAUGCCUUGAUCGCCGUCUCAGCGUCUGUGAUAGAAUGAUGUUUGGUCACAGGAAUAGUGACUAUGACCCCAAUUAUAGAUGGGCUUCCUCAGAUGAUGAAAAUGGACCUGGUGACUCACCAGUUAUGACACAAUACUCACCAAUGUCAUAUAGAGGUUGUUUCCCUAUGGAGGACAGAGAUAGACAGACAGGGCACUCAAGAUACUGUUUGGUUGCUAGUAAGCAAAUGGUUGGGAUAUUUCUAACUGUUUGGGUGAAAAGUGAUAUAAGAGAUGAUGUUCACAAUAUGAAAGUGUCUUGUGUUGGUAGAGGAUUAAUGGGAUACCUUGGAAACAAGGGUUCAAUAUCUAUUAGCAUGUCUUUGCACCAAACAAGCUUUUGCUUCGUCUGUAGUCAUUUGACUUCUGGACAAAAGGAGGGUGACGAGCUAAGAAGAAAUUCAGAUGUAAUGGAGAUUCUCAGAAAGACAAGGUUUCCUCGGGUUCAUGGCGUGGGUGAUGAUAGUUCUCCUCAGACAAUUCUGGAACAUGAUCGAAUAGUUUGGCUGGGGGAUUUAAAUUAUCGGAUAGCCCUUUCUUACCGUGCAGCAAAAGCUCUUGUUGAGAUGCAUAAUUGGAAGGUUUUGUUAGAAAAUGACCAGCUGCAUAUAGAACGGAGACGAGGUCGUGUAUUUGAAGGAUGGAAUGAGGGGAAAAUAUAUUUCCCUCCCACAUACAAGUAUUCUAACAAUUCAGACAGAUAUGCAGGUGAUGAAAGGCACUCAAAACAAAAGAGAAGAACCCCGGCAUGGUGUGAUCGUAUCUUGUGGUAUGGAAGAGGCCUCCGCCAAUUAUCUUAUGUUCGUGGGGAGUCAAGAUUCUCUGAUCAUAGACCAGUUUAUGGCAUAUUCCUGGCAGAAGUCGAGUCUGUUAGCCGCAACCGAAUCAAAAAAUGUUCUAGUUGCUCCAGUUCAAGGAUUGAAGUAGAAGAGUUGUUGCCACAUUCACAUGGUUUCAAUUACACCGAUUUGAAUUUCUUUUGA